AUGCGAUCGCCCCUGGCGAAGAUAGUCUUGCGGUCAUCCGUUGCCUUGCUACUGGCAUCGGUAGGCACUGUCGUGGCAAGCUGCAGUCUCCCAUCAACCUAUAGUUGGACAUCAACUGGCCCGCUAGCACAGCCCAAGUCAGACUGGGUCUCGCUCAAAGACUUCACCAACGUGGUUUACAAUGGCCAGCAUCUCGUAUAUGCUUCGGUCGCCGAUACAUCGGGCGCCUAUCACUCGAUGAACUUUGGCCUCUUUAGCGACUGGUCCCAAAUGCAAUGGGCAAGCCAGAAUCAAAUGAUCAAUUCUGCUGUCGCACCGACAUUGUUCUACUUCGCCCCCAAGUCCACCUGGGUCCUCGUCUACCAAUGGGGUUCGACCACCUUCUCAUACCGAACCUCGAGUGAUCCCUCCGAUCCGAAUGGUUGGUCAUCGGAGAACCCGCUUUUCACUGGUAGUAUCUUUAACGGGGCCGCCCUCGACCAGGCCGUUAUUGGUGACUCUGAGAAUAUGUACCUCUUCUUCGCAGACGACAACGGCAAGAUCUACCGCGCCAGCAUGCCUAUUGGUAACUUCCCGGGGUCCUUUGGCAGCGCGUAUGAGGUCGUCUUGAGCGAUUCCCCCGAAAACUUAUUUGAAGCCGUGCAAGUCUACACAGUCUCAGGUCAGAACAAGUACUUGAUGAUUGUUGAGGCGAGGGGUGAGAAUGGGCGCUACUUCCGCUCCUUCACGGCCGAUAAUCUCGGCGGCUCGUGGAAUGUUCAGGCGGGUACGGAGAGCCAGCCCUUUGCUGGAAAGGCUAACAGCGGCGCUACCUGGACGAAUGAUAUCAGUCACGGCGAUUUGGUUCGCAACAACCCAGAUCAAACUAUGUCUAUUGACCCGUGCAAUCUGCAGUUCUUAUACCAGGGACGAGACCCCAAUGUUAAACCCACGUACGACCUUCUACCUUAUCGACCGGGAUUGUUGACGCUGAAAAAUUGA